UGCUACACUUACGCUCCAAAAUUGUUGGUAUUUGGUAUUCUGAUACAUACCAUUUGACAUCUCAUCUCAUUUAAAUGUACAUUUUGUACGUCAAAUUAAAAGUUGCUCUUCCCUCGCUGAAAUCGUCAUUUACCAGUGAGUUUGCUACAAUUGAGUGUCCUUUUUUCAAGAAAAUAUAUAAAAACAGGAAGUUUAUUUGUAUUUUAGGGUAAGUUAUUAAAUAAAAUGGCUCAUUCCUUUUUAUUUUUAUCGCUUGCUAGAGAAGCAAGAGAUUUAGAUAAUUUAUUAAGCCGUAGGCAGGGAGCAAAUGUGCGGAACACAAUAUUAAAUAUACGGGAAGACGACUACGUGCGCCUCUUUCGACUCACCAGAAAGUUAGUGGAUGAUGUUGACGAAGAUCUAGAAGGAAAACUAAAAACCACGAAAACUUUAAACACUAAAACUAAGAUAUUGUGUACUCUGUCCUUCCUCGCGAGUGGCUCAUAUCAAAGAAUAAUUUCUGCAAAUAUUUUUACUUUUGUUUCGCAACCCACAAUGUCUCGGUCUAUUCAUGAUGUGGUAGAUGCUUUGUCCCAUCCAGACAUUGUAAGAAAAUAUUUAAGAUUCCCUCAAACUUCUCAAGAGAGGCAAUUGCUUAAAGAAAGAUUUUACCAGAAGUUCAAAAUUAAUGGUUGCAUUGGAUGUGUGGAUGGGACUUUCAUUGCAAUGAUAAGACCUACAGAAGAUGAGGAAAGAUAUUAUUGCCGAAAGGGCUAUCAUGCAAGAAAUGUUCAAUUGAUAGUAGACGCAGACUUAAAUAUUUUGCAUGUGGAUGCGUCAUAUGGUGGAUCAUUCCACGACAGUUUUAUUUUUAAUAAUUCUGUCAUAAAAGAACAUUUAGAGGAAGUGAAUAAUUCCAAUGAAACUGCAUAUUUGCUUGGUGAUAGUGCUUACUGUCAACGGGCCUAUAUGAUGGUACCAGUGCCUAAUGUUUUAAAUGGAUCACCUGAAGCAAUGUAUAAUAAGGUACAUGCCACUGCACGUAACUCUGUUGAAAGAGUUAUCGGUAUAUUAAAAGGACGAUUUCGGUGCCUUUUAGUACAUAGAGUACUUCACUAUGACCCUAUUACUGUGGGGAAAAUUGUAAUAGCCUGUUGUGUACUACACAACAUAUGUAAUCGUGCAGGGCUGGUUGCUCCCGAGUUAUCGACCGAAGAUCACACAAUGGAGAACAGGCUUCAGGCACAAUAUUAUCUAAGAGAUGGUAAUAGUAGUGAGUUAGAGUUGGGUAGACUUGCAAGAGCUCAAUUAAUAAGAACAAUCUGGCACAACUCAAGACCAAUCUAUUCGUCUAUGCGUCGGGUUGUCUCUCCGUAGAAUAUGGCGAGGGGGCCGGUGGCUGGCCAUGCGUUGUACUCGUGAACGGGUGCUACUUGUGGUAACUGGUUGUACUUGGAUUCGUGUAUACGGUGAUGUUAGUUAUUUCGACUGUGUUUGCGUGUUGUUCCCACGAGAGUGUGGGUGCGUGCUCCUAUUUCACUAUGCUUCCUGCUAAAAGAGGACAAG